AAGGAUGCGGGAGGGGAGCGCGGGUGGGCGCGGAGCCGAGAACGGGACGGGGACCGAGGGGCCGCUGCGGCUUUUCCCCGCGGCCGUGCUCACCGGCAUCACCGUCGCCUGCGUCCUCCUCUUCGUCGUGGGGAUCGUCGGCAACCUCCUGACCGUGGUGGUGGUGUCGAGGUUUCGGGACAUGAGGACCACCACCAACUUCUACCUGUCCAGCAUGGCCUUCUCCGACCUGCUCAUCUUCCUCUGCAUGCCCCUGGACCUCUUUCGCCUCUGGCAGUACCGGCCCUGGAACUUCGGGGACCUCCUCUGCAAGCUCUUCCAGUUCGUCAGCGAGAGCUGCACCUACUCCACCAUCCUCAACAUCACCGCCCUCAGCGUGGAGCGGUACGUCGCCAUCUGCUUCCCCCUCCGAGCUAAAGUCAUCAUCACCAAGGGGAAGGUCAAGCUGGUCAUCCUCUUCCUCUGGGCCGUCUCCUUCAUCAGCGCCGGACCCAUCUUCGUCUUGGUGGGGGUCGAGCACGAGAACGGCACGAACCCCCUGAGCACCAACGAGUGCCGAGCCACGGAGUACGCCGUCCGCUCGGGGCUCCUCACCAUCAUGGUCUGGACCUCCAGCGUCUUCUUCUUCCUGCCCGUGUUUUGCCUGACCGUGCUGUACAGCCUCAUCGGGAGGAAGCUCUGGAGGAGAAAGAGAAAGAACAUCGGUCCAAACGCUCUUAUCAGGGAUAAGAACAACAAGCAAACCGUGAAAAUGUUAGUUGUGGUGGUAUUUGCUUUCAUACUCUGCUGGUUGCCUUUUCACGUAGGACGAUAUUUAUUUUCCAAAUCCUUUGAAGCUGGAUCCUUGGAGAUAGCAGUGAUCAGCCAGUACUGCAACCUGGUGUCCUUUGUCCUCUUCUACCUUAGCGCAGCCAUCAACCCCAUCCUCUACAACAUCAUGUCCAAGAAGUACCGAGUCGCCGCUUGCCAGCUGUUUGGACUCAAACCCCUUCCAAAGAAAAGACUCUCCAGCACAAAGCAAGAAAGUUUGCGCGUUUGGACAGAACCCAGCGUUACUACAUGACACGCGAUUUCCAGCGCCAGAGCAUCAUUUCCCGGAAUUCCCAGAAAGCCAUAACGAAAGAGAGAGAGGGCAAGAAAUACAAAUUGAAACGUUAAAGCUGUACUUUUGUCAUCAUCUGGAUUUGCUGAAAGAUGUUAUGUAGGCAGUUAAAGAUUUAAAAAGAAGAAAAAACCCAACUAAACUUUGAGACUAUAGGAGGAGAGACACGGUCACAGAAUUUGGCAACACUCAAGUGUUAUUUCUCUGCUGCUUUUGCCCCUGUGA